CAUCCUGGCGUGCGUGUGUGUUUCUCUGCCAUUUUGAGUUUCUUUAAAUCUGUAUAGAUAAUGAAAGCUCAAAAACAAGUAAUUAGUGAGCAUCACUAUUCAGGUCCUGAAUAUUGAUCUUCUAUUCACCGCUGGCAUUUUUAUUUGAUAGUUUUUGUAUCUCAAGCUGCCUAAAUGAAGCUCCUGGAUUUGCUUGUCUUCUUGUUCUGAUGGCUGUGUUUAUAGAGACAAUACUUAUACUCUAGAGAUUAAAUCAUUCCUUUAUUGGACAAAUAUUACUAGCAACAUGUUUCCAAAAACUAUCUUUUCAACAUGAAUGUGAAAGAGUUCCUAGCCAAAGCCAAAGAAGACUUCUUAAGAAAAUGGGAAAGCCCUCCUCAGAAUACUGCUGGUUUAGAUGACUUCGAGAGGCUAAAAACACUUGGAACCGGGUCGUUUGGCAGAGUCAUGCUGGUGAAACAUAAAACCACAGAACAGUAUUAUGCCAUGAAGAUACUGGAUAAACAAAAAGUGGUCAAACUGAAACAAAUAGAACACACACUGAAUGAAAAAAGAAUAUUACAAGCAGUGAACUUUCCUUUCCUUGUAAGACUGGAGUAUUCUUUUAAGGACAAUUCUAAUUUAUAUAUGGUUAUGGAAUAUGUUCCUGGGGGUGAAAUGUUCUCACAUCUAAGAAGAAUUGGAAGGUUCAGUGAACCACAUGCACGAUUUUACGCAGCUCAGAUAGUACUAACAUUUGAGUACCUCCAUUCACUAGACCUCAUCUACAGAGAUCUAAAACCUGAAAAUCUUUUAAUUGACCAACAAGGAUAUAUCCAGGUCACAGACUUUGGAUUUGCAAAAAGAGUAAAAGGCAGAACUUGGACGUUAUGUGGAACUCCAGAAUAUUUGGCACCUGAAAUAAUUCUCAGCAAGGGCUACAACAAAGCAGUGGACUGGUGGGCCUUAGGAGUGUUAAUUUAUGAAAUGGCAGCUGGAUAUCCUCCAUUCUUUGCAGAUCAACCAAUCCAGAUUUAUGAAAAAAUAGUUUCAGGAAAGGUACGAUUCCCAUCUCACUUCAGUUCAGACCUUAAGGAUCUACUAAGAAAUUUACUCCAGGUAGACUUGACCAAACGUUAUGGAAAUCUCAAGAAUGGUGUAAAUGACAUAAAAAACCACAAAUGGUUUGCCACUACAGAUUGGAUUGCUAUUUAUCAGAGGAAGGUGGAAGCUCCAUUCAUACCAAAGUGUAGAGGCCCUGGAGAUACCAGCAACUUUGAUGACUAUGAGGAAGAAGAUAUUCGUGUGUCUCUAACAGAGAAGUGUGCAAAGGAAUUUGCUGACUUUUAGUACUUGCUGGAGGAUAACAGGACAUCAGGGCUCAUAUUGGGAUCUUUGUACUCUGUUAACUCAUGAGGUGGAGCUGAGACCAUCAUAUGUCAAAACAAUUACCUAGUUACUUCAUUCCACAAAGCUGACUGAGGUCUUUAUUGCCAUCUUCCAUGUGUGCAGUUUGCACCAACCCUUAUAACUAGGCACAAUUAAGCAAGCACGUUUUGUGCUAUAACACAGAUUAUAGACCACUUUUCCUACUUACCCUUUUGGUUUCUGUAAUUUCCUUUUGGUUUCUGUGUAUUGUUGAUUUCUCUCUCCUGUCCUCUUUUAAAAUGAAGUAGCUUUUUACCCAAGAAUGCUCCAUUUUAUUUUGAACAGUGUAUUUGUGCAAAUGAUACUGAAGGUAUUCUGGAUAGCGUGACUUAGACCGAAGUAAAAGAUAAGUGUCGCUUCUAGUCUGUGCCAGCUAAUCCUUCUGUGUCUGUCAAAUGUCUGAGGCUACAGUUCAUAAGUUUGUAUUUUUUUUUAGUAGCUUGGACUAAAUCUAGCCGAUCAUUAGCGGUUUUGAAGGUAGCAUUUAUUGCCAUAUGAGUGUAUGCUAAAUGACUUAAACACAUCUUCCUGGAGACUGACCAAACUUAGUUAGUAUCGAAAUUGGACAGCUUGUGUAAGGUACAUAGAUAGAUCCCGUGCCUUGGUUUUCUACAUGCUGGCAGUCCUUCUCCCUGCCUCAUACUGCUUUUUCCCUCCCUGGGCAGUAGGUAGAUAUGCCACAAGCAUACUGUGCCAUGGGAAGCACCAUCUCAAUAAGCAGGAGCAAUCCCAUCCAGCCUGGGCUUUGGACCAUAUUUAAUCAUGCUUAAUUUACCGUCAUUUCAAUAAGUAGCUAUCUAAAUGGCUUUUUAUCACCCUAGAACCUGAAACACAAGGUUUGGUCAGUAUUGUCAAACUAGGACUGUUU